AUGCUUGCUACAUCUUACUUGCUGUGCUUCCAAUCCAGCUACAUGGAGGACGGCUUUCUGGAGCAUUUCCUGUCUUUACGAGGAUGCUCGUUCCUUUCCCAGCUAAUCUUAGGCGAAGGCUUCCGUGGUCCUUUCUCUGAUCAAAAAGCCUUGGGCAUGAUACGUAUGGACACAACGUUUUGCAAUUUCCCCGUGGUGGACCAGGAACUUCUACGCGAAGCUCUACUAUCAAUAAAGGGACUUUCUAGUCUGAUGACUGGACCCAUUGCGCAUCCCAUCGAGAAGGCCAUUGUCGGACAGCUCAUCGAAACGCUUCAAUGUCUUCUGGUCUCAGAAGUGGAGAACCCAGAAUUAAGGGACGCAUUUGAUUCAACCACUGAAUAUGAUGAGGAGAAUAACACAACUUCAAUACCAGGUACACCUUUAGUAUCAGGUUUUACAAAAGCAAGCACUCUACCACAAAUGGCUUCGGGCCCCAACUCACCUUCCGAUCUCUACGCGUUCGCCAACCCGAUUCUACCAGGAGACCUCGGCGUGGUGUUCGACAAGAUCGACUGGGAAAAUCUCACAACCGCCCCACCAGGUGCUCCAUACCCGCUCCAGUCGUUUAUUGCUGUUAUGGCUAUCCUUACCAUCUUCUCUACCUGGCCGCACGACGGGCUCAUGCAUGUCUUUGAUCCCACAAAUCAACUCGGCAACGUCGUCAUGGCGCCCUUUUGCGCCAUACGUUUCGUCCUCUCGCCACUAUCGGCGCCGAGAAAGGCAUUGACAACCCCUAUAAGGGCGACUGCUCAAUGGCUUGCCCGGAUCAUAGCCGCCACAGAUGACGAUGAGAGUGGGGAGUGGGCUCAGUAUGUGGAAUGGCCGAAGAAGAUACUUCGGUGUAUGGAAGAGUGUAUUGAAAAACAUAAAGGCUUCACCAUGGAGGGUGUACGUGAUAUGCUGGUGCGCGAUCCUGGGGCGUUCAAGGAAGGAAGAGGACGGAAUUACUGA